UUUUUGUUAUCAUGGGUUAUUUCACAUCUGUCAAAAUGCGAUAAUGGAGAACUUUUGUGUGUUAAUAGUGUUAUUCGCACACAUUUUUAACUUAAACGUAAUGGAUUAGCCUUUAAAAAUAUGGGUGCGAAUAUAUCCCAGUUGGAGAGAGACAUAGGUUCUGAGCAGUUCCCAUCUAACGAGCACUAUUUCGGUUUGGUUAAUUUUGGCAAUACGUGCUACAGUAAUUCAGUGCUGCAGGCGUUAUAUUUCUGCAAGCCAUUCAGGGAGAAGGUUUUAGAGUACAAGGCUAAGAAUAAACGUACUAAAGAGACUCUGCUCACAUGCCUGGCCGAUUUGUUUUACAGUAUUGCCACUCAGAAGAAAAAAGUAGGAAGCAUAGCACCAAAAAAGUUUAUAGCAAGGCUAAGAAAAGAAAAAGAGGAAUUUGACAAUUACAUGCAACAGGAUGCACACGAGUUUUUAAAUUUUUUGAUAAACCAUAUUAGUGAGAUAAUUUUGGCCGAACGGCAGCAGCAGCAAACCAACAGUACCACCAACAAUGUAAAUAAAUCGAAUAGUAAGGCGCCCGGGGAGAAUGGCACUACGCACGCUAACGCGCCGGAUCUCACCUGGGUGCACGAAAUUUUCCAGGGGAUUUUGACCAGCGAGACGCGCUGCCUGAACUGCGAAAAUGUCAGCAGCAAGGACGAGGACUUCAUAGACCUGCAGGUGGACAUUGAACAAAACACCAGUAUUACGCACUGCUUGCGGUGUUACAGCAGCACCGAAACGUUGUGCAGCGACAACAAAUUCAAGUGCGACAACUGCUCCAGCUACCAGGAGGCGCAGAAACGCAUGCGCGUGAAAAAACUGCCAAUAAUCCUCGCGCUGCACCUGAAACGGUUCAAGUACGUCGAGCAGUACAACAGACACAUCAAAGUCUCGCAUCGGGUCGUCUUCCCCCUGGAGUUAAGGCUGUUCAACACGUCUGACGAUGCAGUUAACCCGGACAGACUUUACGAUCUCGUCGCGGUGGUAAUACACUGCGGCAGCGGUCCCAAUCGCGGCCAUUACAUCAGCAUCGUGAAAAGUCACGGGUUUUGGCUGCUCUUCGACGACGAUCAAGUCGAUAAAAUCGACGCGUCGACCAUCGAAGACUUUUACGGGCUGACGUCCGACACGCAAAAAUCGUCGGAGACCGGUUACAUCCUGUUCUAUCAGAGCCGAGAGAAUUUAUGAGUGACGAUGGGUUGUUUAUCACGACUUGCCUUAAUUAUAAAAUAACAAAUAACAAAACAAAUGACGUUGCGGCAACAAAUCGCGCAGGCGGCGCGCCACGCCCCCUCCGUUUCACCGUGUUUUGUUUCGCAAUGAAAGCACACACAACUGCGAUGCGCAUGCUUGCAAUAAAUCAAAUGAAAAUCGGGUGAGUUGAUUUUUGUUACAAAGGGCAUACCAAACAAAAAAAUAAACAUUUUUUGAUUUGAAAUUUUUGUUUUACCAAAAAAAAUAUAUUUUAACAUUAUUUGUAUACACACACACUUUUUUUCACUGCGUGUCCAUUUUUUGACACUCCGUAUUUUAAUGACGUGUUGAUUCAUUGCAAGUAGCGACUAAAAGCAAUUUUGUAAAUAUUGAUACGAAAAAGUCCUAAUUUAU